AUGGCUUGUGGGCUUGUGCGGAUUAGAUUGGCCAGAUUUGGAAGAGUUAAUUCUCCGUUGUACAACAUAGUUGUUGCUAGAUCGCAUAAGGCUAGAGAUGCAAAACCUAUUGAAGUGUUGGGGACAUACAAUCCUGUUCCGAAGCCUCUGAAGAAGAGCGAGGUCAAGAAAGGAGUGAUACCAACCAAGGAAGUCGCUUUGGACUUCGAUAGAGCUAAGUAUUGGAUUGGUGUUGGUGCACAACCUAGUGACACUGUGGUGAGGUUAUUUCAAAAAGCUGGUAUUCUGGGACCAGAAUGGGGUAAUAAAAAGAGUACACUACAAGAAAGACCUACAAUACAACCAAGAAAGGAAUUACUAGAAUAA